CAGGAAGUAAACGCCACCACUUGGAACCACCUCUUACAUGUGAGCUCGGUCGGCGGCACCACGCGCGGCGUGUGGAGGAGAGAAACCGGCGGAAAGGCAACGUCAUCCCUCGGACCACGACUCGACCGACUUAGAGUAGAAAACAGCGAGCGGAGCGGCGUUGUCCGAGGCAGGUGCUGAUCAGCUACAGCAGAAAGAUGGCGGACGACCCCAGCGCGGCGGACAGGAACGUGGAGAUCUGGAAAAUCAAGAAGCUGAUCAAAAGUUUGGAAGCUGCUCGAGGUAAUGGCACCAGUAUGAUCUCUCUGAUCAUCCCACCCAAGGACCAGAUUUCCAGAGUGGCCAAAAUGUUGGCAGAUGAAUUUGGCACGGCUUCCAACAUCAAGAGUCGAGUCAACAGACUCUCCGUACUCGGGGCCAUCACCUCUGUACAGCAAAGACUAAAGCUCUAUAACAAAGUACCACCCAAUGGCUUAGUUGUGUACUGCGGCACCAUUGUUACAGAUGAAGGGAAGGAGAAAAAAGUAAAUAUCGACUUUGAGCCUUUUAAGCCAAUCAACACCUCCCUGUACCUCUGUGACAACAAGUUCCAUACAGAGGCAUUGACAGCCCUGCUUUCUGAUGACAGUAAGUUUGGCUUUAUAGUGAUUGACGGUAGCGGGGCGUUGUUUGGCACACUGCAGGGGAACACGAGGGAAGUGCUGCACAAGUUCACUGUGGACCUACCUAAGAAGCAUGGCAGAGGAGGACAGUCGGCUUUGCGUUUUGCCCGUCUAAGAAUGGAAAAGAGGCACAACUAUGUGAGGAAAGUGGCCGAAACGGCUGUCCAGCUGUUUGUGUCCAACGACAAAGUUAAUGUGGCAGGAAUGGUUUUGGCUGGUUCUGCCGACUUCAAAACUGAGCUCAGCCAGUCUGACAUGUUUGACCCAAGGUUACAGGCCAAAGUUCUGAAGUUAGUGGAUAUCUCCUAUGGUGGAGAAAAUGGCUUCAACCAGGCCAUUGAGCUCUCAGCAGAGGUUCUCUCCAAUGUCAAGUUCAUCCAAGAAAAGAAACUAAUAGGACGAUACUUCGAUGAGAUCAGUCAAGACACCGGCAAGUACUGCUUUGGUGUGGAGGACACAUUGAAAGCCUUGGAGAUGGGAGCGGUGGAGAUCCUCAUAGUCUAUGAGAACUUAGACACCAUGCGUUACAUUUUACGUGUGCAUGGAGCCGAGAGCAACGGAGCUGAGAAUGAUGAGAAGACUUUGUACUUAACGCCAGAGCAGGAGAAAGACAAAUCUCAUUUCACAGACAAAGAGACGGGGCAAGAGCACGAACUGAUCGAGAGCAUGCCGCUGUUAGAGUGGUUUGCCAACAAUUACAAGAAAUUUGGAGCCACGCUGGAAAUAGUCACAGACAAGAGCCAAGAAGGAUCUCAGUUUGUCAAGGGCUUUGGAGGCAUCGGAGGUAUCUUGCGGUACAGGGUGGACUUCCAGGGCAUGGAGUACCAAGGAGAGGACGAUGAGUUCUUUGAUUUGGAUGACUACUAGGUAGUCGGGGACUAAUAUAUUGGAAGAGAGAAAAAAAAAACAAAGGAAUGAAGAAUUAAGGAAAGAAAAAUGCCACCUCUCUUGCAGCAAGUGAGGGGAUCAACUGUGUUGACCACAUAAUGACAGCCAACUUCCAAUUUACUUGUUGAAUACACAGUCUUGCACAUACAUUUCAUCUGUACACACAUUGAAGUACAUCACACAAGCUGAAGAGGAGUGAAAACUUCUUUCAUUCAGAAAGAGAGAGAGAGAGAGAAAAAGCCUUUCCUGAAUAAAUCCCUGCCUUAGAGUUUGGUUCCUUCCCCUUAUUGGAUUGGACUCGACUCAUUUUUGUUUCUUAUCGCCCGCCCCGUUCCCCUCCAUUUUGAAUGAACACAACAGCAAGUUCCCAGAGUCUUUGCAGCCCUCAACCCAGUUUGAAGAUGAACAAUUGACUCCGAUACUGUACAAAAAAUGUAUUUUCCUUUUCCCCUGUCCCUCGUGUCUUCCCCGCAAUGCUUAAUCAGUUAUCUUUUCAUUUUUUUACUGGCAACUGCUGCUGUUGUAUUUUAUGAGUUCUUUUUUUUUUUUUAACCUGGGUUUAUGUAGAGAAAAGGGGACAACGUAUUAAAAUUUGAACUGCUGAAAACCAUUGCUACCUCCUCAUCUCCUGUGCUAUAACGCUUCUGCUGUCAGCCUGCCCAUCUUCUUGGAAACCUGAAGAUUUGUUUCCCAGUUGUCAGAUGUGAUGUAUGCAUGACUGCACAGUAAUUCCACUUGUUUUAGUCAACAUUACCAAACUUUUCUUUGAACAUUUUUGUUUCAAAAUAUCCAGCAGCAGAAAUCAAAGUUUUGGAAAUAUUCCUUGUUUGAUUUGCUUUCCUAUCCAAGAUUAAAUCCCUCCUAUUUUUGA